UUCCUCUCUGAGGAUGAUAAAUUGCGUGGCGUUUUCAUACAAAAACUCAAAGGAAAAGCUUCUAUCGAAGCUGCACUUUCCUCUACGAAAGUCAAUGUCACAUCAGAUGUUGUUUACAGAGUUUUGAAUAAGGGGAAUUUAGGUGGAGAGGCCAUGGUCACUUUCUUUUCAUGGGCAAUAACACAACCUAGUUGCCCCAAGGACCUGCAAAAUUACAAUAUUCUACUUAGAUCACUGGGUAGAAGGAAAUAUUUUGAUCAUAUGGAGAGGGUUUUGCACCAUAUGAACAAAGAAGGCCCAAAACCUAGCCUUGAGACUAUGUUAAUUGUGAUGGGAAGCUAUUCUAGGGCUCAUCGAGUAUCCAAAGCAAUUCAGUAUUUUGAAAAUUUGGAGGAGUUUGGUUUACCCUCUGAUACUGGUGCUUUCAAUGUGUUCCUUAAGAGUUUAUCUGAAAGAGGGCAUGUAAGAGUGGCAACUUCUCUUCUACACACAUUUGAAGGCAAGAUUCCCUUCGAUACCACAACAUAUACUAUACUAAUCGGUGGGUGGUCCAGAUUGGGUCGAAUAAGUGAAACCGAGAAAAUUUGGGCUGCAAUGCUUUCUAAUGGAUUUCAACCUGAUUGUUCUACUUUUAAUUAUUUGCUUGAAGGUUUGGGUAGGGCGGGGAGAAUUGAUAAUGCCAUAGCGGUCUUUGAGAGCAUGGGAGAAAAAGGUUGUCCCCCAAAUACCUCUAGCUACAAUGCAAUGAUAUGUAAUUUUAUUUCUUGUGGUGCCUUAAAUGAAUGUGUAAAAUACUAUGCUACUAUGUCUGAAAAACAUUGUGCACCAGAUAUUGUUACUUAUACCAAAAUGAUUGGAGCUUUUAUAAAGGUUUGUAGAGUUGCUGAUGCCUUAGAAAUGUUUGAUUCCAUGUUGGGAAGAGGGGUAAUUCCCAGCACUGGAACAUUAACAUCUUUCAUUGAACCAUUAUGCAAAUUUGGUCCACCUCAUGCUGCCUUGGAAAUUUAUAGGAAGGCAAAAAAGGUGGGUUGCAAGUUCUCAGUUAAAGCAUAUAAAUUGUUGCUUGGCCGAUUAGCUAGGUUUGGGAAAUGUGGAACUGUGUUGAGAGUUUGGGAUGACAUGAGGACAGAUGGGCAUUCUUCUGACAAAGAGGUUUAUGAGUGUGUUAUUGAUGGAUUUUGUAAUAUAGGUCAGCUGGACAAUGCAGUGCUCGCUUUGGAGGAGGCACUGAGCUUAGGGUUUUGCCCCAACAAAGUCAUAUACAGCAAGCUCAACUGCAAGUUGUUGGAUGCAAGUAAAGUUGAGUUGGCCUACAAGCUUUAUGUGAAGAUAAAAGAAGCACGUAGAAAUGAACUUUCCAGGAAGUAUUGGUUUGCAAAUGGUUGGCAUUUCUGAGAAGGAAGACUCCUUUCACGGGCGUUUUCUGCUAAUUGAUAUGUAAUUCAGUGGGUGAAUCUCCAUAUUACAAAGGGUUUGACCAAUCAACACCUAUACCAUGUCUGAA